UCGAUGCUCCCCCGCGUCUGGUCUAUUUAUUGUCGCGGGGAAGCAGCGGCCGCGCCGUACCCGGAACAACAAAGCACGAAAGACGGAGCCUGAGCCUCGGGGGCUCCUAGCAACGGGCCGGGGCGGGAGUUCCAUGGAGACUGGGGAGCGUGCCCGCCUCAUCAUCAUCCUUGUCCUCCAGCUUCUCCUCCGCGUCCGACGCAACCGGCAGCAGCGCUGCCGCCGCGUCCUCUACGGCCGUCCCGUCUUCCCACGAACAAGAUGCCAUUUGAACUUAAGGAAGAUUGCUUUGGAAGGAGCAAAUGUAAUUUAUAAGCGUGAUGUUGGAAAAGUAUUAAUGAAGCUUAGAAAACCUAGAAUUACAGCCACAAUUUGGUCCUCAGGAAAAAUUAUUUGCACUGGAGCAACAAGUGAAGAAGAAGCUAAAUUUGGUGCCAGACGUUUAGCCCGCAGUCUGCAGAAACUAGGUUUUCAGGUAAUAUUUACAGAUUUUAAGGUUGUUAACGUUCUGGCAGUGUGUAACAUGCCAUUUGAAAUCCGUUUGCCAGAAUUCACAAAGAACAAUAGACCUCAUGCCAGUUAUGAACCUGAACUUCAUCCUGCUGUGUGCUAUCGGAUAAAGUCUCUAAGAGCUACAUUACAGAUUUUUUCUACAGGAAGUAUCACAGUAACAGGACCCAAUGUAAAGGCUGUUGCUACUGCUGUGGAACAGAUUUACCCAUUUGUGUUUGAAAGCAGGAAAGAAAUUUUAUAAUUCAUCACUUAAUGAAUCUCUAACUGAGCACCUUUUAAAACCUGCUGCACAUUGGACUCAAAGCAAAAGGAAAACUGGACCAACAGUAAUUGAGGAAAUAGACUCUUUUAUUCAUUCAUGGCUACAGUGUAAGCUCCAGUCCCUUUGGAUGUUAUUUCAGACCUUGCUGUAAUAUAAAAAGGAAGUUUACAAGACAUGACAUUGCUGCUUUUACAAAAGGACAUUCUAUUUAUUUUCGCAGUAAUUUUCAUGUCCCCAUAAGCAGAGCUGUCACAGUGUGCACUACCUUAAUUGUUUUAUUGUUAUUUUUUUUUCCAGUUUGAGCUGAUGUGUUUUAUUUGUGAAUAGUCUUUUACAUUUUUGUAUGCUGAAUAUGGGCACCAAAGAACCUGUAAAAGUUAUCUUUUUCAAUUGAAUGUGCACAAAUAAAAGUUUGGAAAAGAUCUCUUCAUAUCCAUUCUAUAACUUUUAUUCCCCAUUUUCUAAACAAAAAUUGUAUUCAUGAUUUUUUUUUAAUCUAUGCAAGCUUAGACUGGCUAAAGUGUGUUGGCUUCUUUUUGAAGUGUAUUUUGUGUACGUAUGUAUAUGCCACAUGUGUAUAGUAUCUUUUAAUGCUCUGUUACCAAAUAUCAAGUAGAAUUUUUUUCUUGCAGAUUAGAAAUAAAAACAUGUAUAUAAACUCUAGGGAAUGGGAGUAGAACUUUAUAGACAAAAGAUAAUGUUUUAUGUUGUUAAUUUAAAGUGAUAGAAAAUGUUACAUAACUCUUAAGAGAUUGUAGUUUUAAAAUGAAAAAGUUCCCUACUAGAUGGCUAUGAGAAAGAAGCUGUGACGGGUUGUACACCAUUUGUACCUUUGUUACUCUGGAAAGACUCAACUGUAGUUGUAUGAAAGUGAUUGAGGUUCUUGUCUCAUAAACCUUAGGUUGGUGCUCCAGGCUAAUCUUAGAGCCUUGUCAGAUGUUGGUAACAUUGUGCUCUUUUAACAAGUGCCCACAAGCUGCCUCUGUGCCACAGGAUAAUUAUAAUGUGGUUCACCUUGGAACUUGAAAGCCAUUUUGCCAGAUAUUUUCCAUUGUUGUGUCUUAAUGCAGCUGAAAAUGGCUGUUCAGUAUAUGGGAUUGCUACUCUUAAAAGUUUUAGUAAAUAACACAUUUAUGAAGCAGUGUCUUCCAGGCUUGCCUGUGAACCUUCGAACGGUAAUACAGGGGCAAGCUGCCAUUGGAUUUCACUGCCUCCAUCUAGGAGUUUACUGUAACCAGCAGGGAUUUUACCUAGAAAUAAAGCUCAGUAGAGUCAGAAUCACUGCUCAGUAGAAACUGAACAAUAUCCCAAUAACAAUCUUCCACUAGAACCUAAAUUACCAGAAUAUUUUGAAACCUUUAUGAAAAAUUGCAACAUUUUAACCUCCAUAUAUAGUAUGUUUUCCUUAUCACAUAAAAUCUUGAAAACUUAGGUUAAGUACUGCAUUGAAUAAUACACAUUAUUUCAUGCUUAUUUUUAUCUUCCUUUUAAAUGCCUGCCUCUAACACUGCUCAUUUCUUCAAAAGUAGGGGUAAAGGCUAACUAUAAUAUUUUAUUUCUUAUGAAAGAUUUAAUUGUGAUUUUUUUUAGAAUUUUAUUCUUUAUUUUUACAUUUUGUCUAUUUGCUUUAUUUUAUGAUCCAGUUGGGUAAUUGAACUCAUAGAUACAGAAAAUAAAAUUAAAGCGUUAUAGGAGGACUCUAAAAUUUAGGAUUUUCACUUAGUCUUAACAAUAGUAAGUGACCUCCUAUUUUGCAGUGUUCACAGAAAAAGAAAUAUAGAAUGGGGAGUGGGGGAGGGGCAUGAUUAAAGAGCCAAGAUGUGAAUCCAGAUGAUGUGGUAUUUUCAGUAUUCAAACAACUUGAACCCUUAGCAGAUCACUAGCUCGUUGAAGUGCUUUAUCUGAAAAGGUAGGGAGGCCAGGCUGACCAGACCUGGUCUCGAGAGCACCACCUGGCAGAGUGUUCAUGUGCUCUACUACACAAGGCUGAUGUCCUCUGUUGGCUUUCCACAAGUACUGUCAAUUUUUUAAUAUAUAAAUAAAAACUGUGAAUAUAUAUAUGAAAAUUAUAAGUAUUCCCCCCUUUUUAUUUUUGAAAACCAAAAAGCUUGAUUUGGUGUUGAGGGGUGGGUGUCGGAUGAAAAUUAGUUUGAAGACUAAAUUGUUUAGUUACAGACUGGGGAUAAUAAAAGAAAAACAGUGGUUAAGAUACUGAAGUUGAAGUCACUAUUAAGAAACCAGCUAGGCUUAUAAUAAUUUCCUGUCCAUUUUCAAAGAAUGGCUAAACCAAGAAAUAGCUAAGGUAUGUACCUAUAGUGUUUGAAAUUCAAAGUGAACACAUGGUACUCUUUUGUUAAAUACAGUUUGCGAUGCUUAGCAAAGAAAGAAAAUUUGAUACUGAUCUCUUGUCUUGAUUUAAAAAAAAAAUUUCUGAUAAAAAUUCUUAUUUUAAGCUUCCUAAAUUGAUCCUCUGCAGAACACACUUUCCCUUCUCUUUCCAAAACGAAAUCUUAUAAGCUGUAACUUGUAUACAGAAUGUACGAUAGAAUUCAGAUCUCAGAUCUCCUUUUCUUUGUAUGUGUGUGUGUGUUUGUGUGUGCACGCCAGCCCCUGUUAAUUUAAUCAUUCCAUUUUAGGGCCAGGACUUUUAUUGUCAGUCUCCUGAGUCUCUGAUAUUAGUUUCACUAUUGCUUUACACAGAUUUACCAUCUUUCCACUGUUAUAAGGAACAUAGUAGCCAUGUAUUCUUGUAGUCAAAUUGGGACAAUUUGUCAGGAGCCAGUAGGAAAAUUACAGCUAAAUAAAAGGGUUUUGCCUCUUGGGAUUCUUUUUUCUUCACGCUAAUUGAAUUUUUUAAAAACUCUUUCAAGUUAGGUUUUCUUAUUUUCAAGUUUUUGGUGUGUCUUUCAUACCUUGUAAUAAAUUAGUAAUUUAAUGGGUGACCAAGUAGUCAAAAUGUUCAAAAUUUUUUAUUAUGUAGUUUCUGUCAUAUCCAAAUAAUUUUGGUAAAAUGUCUCAGUUCAGCUGGAGGAAUGAGAGCAGAUGAGAGCCGUCCAUCAUACAGGUGAAAGCCAAAAUUGCUGGUACAGUCAGUUGGCCAUCUCUGUUUCAUCACAUAAAAUAAUAUGAAGAUAUGUCUUCAAUCAUCUGAAAGCAUUAACUAUAGCCUGUGUGCCGUAACCUGAGGUAGAGGUUAUUCCUGAAGACUGAAGAAUUCCAGGAAACUAGAAAUUACUAUAAGUUAACAUGACAAUCUUACAAAGAGAAGUUUUAUUGGUUUGAUUUAAUAACUUAAACCUAAUUGCUUAGACAUUUGGAUAAAUAAUAGUCUGUGUUUUAUUAACAGCUAUUUCUAAAUAAAUAUGGUCCCAGGA